UCUCUCUCUCUCUCUUACACACAUGAAGAUGUCAACUUUAGUACCAAACAUAAUACUUGCUCUGUUGGUAAUGUCCGCAAUUUCUCUAAAAUCAGAUGGGGAGAUGGAGCAAUGGUGCAUAGCUGAUGAGCAGACCCCAGAUGAGGAACUGCAGGUGGCCAUGGAUUGGGCUUGUGGGAAUGGAGCAGACUGCAGCAAGAUUCAGGAAAACCAGCCUUGCUAUUAUCCCAACACAGUGAGACACCAUGCUUCCUAUGCAUUCAACAGCUACUUUCAGAAGUUGAAGCACAAUGGUGGAUCUUGCUACUUCAAGGGAGCUGCCUUGGUUUCAGAUCUUGAUCCCAGUUACGACUCUUGCAAGUAUGAAUUUAUUCCCUGAUCCAGGAGCAAAUCUAUGCCAGCUAAAGAAUCAGGAGAUGAUCACUUUUAUUAAUCACUUUUUCUGCCCCCCUGUGAUAUCUGCCUAUUAAUUUAGCCUACCGCGAGCUUAAAAAUGUUCACAAAUUAUUACAAUAGAAAUCACUUUUACUU